UGUACGUGUGUUAAUCAGGUUAAUGUCAGGGUGGAUAUACAUCACUCAGAGUAUCAGAGAUGAAAAUAUAGUGUAGAUUAUUAUUGAGUUAUUUUAAAGAGAUAAGGAUUUAAGAGAGAGAGAGAGAUAAUGGAGGCAGAGGAGAAAUCAGCGGGAGCUCCGGCGAUGAGUGUGGACGUGCCCAAGCCGCCCUCCAUCGAGGACUUCACGGUGCUGAAGCCGAUCAGCCGCGGCGCCUUCGGGAAAGUGUUCCUGGCGCGGAAGAACAACAACUCCAAACUGUACGCUGUGAAGGUGGUUAAGAAAGCAGACAUGGUGGAUAAGAACAUGAGCGAUCAGAUGCGGGCGGAGAGAGACGCUCUGGCCCUCAGCAAAAGCCCCUUCAUCGUGCACCUGUACUACUCCCUGCAGACGGCCAGCAAGGUGUAUCUGGUCAUGGAGUACCUGAUCGGCGGCGACGUCAAGUCUCUGCUCCACGUCUACGGCUACUUCGACGAGGACAUGUCCUUAAAAUACAUCUCAGAAGUGGCACUAGCUCUGGACUACCUGCACAGACACGGCAUCAUUCACAGGGAUCUAAAACCUGAUAACAUGCUGAUCAGCAACCAGGGCCACAUCAAGCUCACCGACUUCGGCCUCUCCAAAGUCAAACUCGACAGGGAAUUGAACCUCAUGGAUAUAUUGACCACGCCCUCUCUGGCCAAGCCGAAGAAGGAUUAUUUCCGGACACCUGGUCAAGUUUUGUCCCUGAUAAGUUCUCUUGGUCUCAACACUCCCGUGAUGGAUGGGAAGCGUCACUGCAGCGCCUCGGCCGUGGCCAGUCCCAUGACGUGUGGGAAAGCCGUGCACAGAAAGAGCUCGCUGUGUUCACCGUUGUUGGCUAGAAGACGGGAGCUCCCGCGUUCCCCCAUCUGCUCGUCACGAGGCCUCGGAGCCAACAGCGUAUUCAGUCCCAGCAUGCUGGCCAAAAGUCUGACCCCGAGGCUGAUGAAAUCCAGGAAGAGGUUCGAGUCUCUGGGCAGUGCUCACUCAUGCAUGCUGCGCUCCACUGACUCUGAGAGCUGCAUCAGCCCGCUGUGGGAGGACGAGCAGAAACCAGAAGGAGAUGAAAACGCCCCGCCUCCAAACAUAAAGGACGAAUAUGGAUCAGGUGUGGAGGGAAAGCUGAACGGUGAAAUGUGGAUUCCUGAAAACGACACUCCCCAGACUCCGCUUCAUAACUCCUCCUCAAGAUCAGUGUAUGGAAAUCAACAGUGCUCAGUCAGAGCGGUUUGUAGGAACGUAAAGCCAGAUAUUUCAGCAGGAAAGAGACUCCCAUUCUCCGAGUCUGAUCUCUACGUCACACCCGGGAAGACUCCGCUCAGAGCCUCGUGUCUUCUGAAGUCUGACACGAGCGUCGUCAGUGCUUGUAGAUCUUUGGAGAAAGGAUCCGCUCUGAAACCAGGCUCGUCAGUAAAACGAGUCUUUUUGGAGGUAGACAAGAGCCCUGAACAAGAUGAGAUCCAAGCCAAAAAGAGCAAUGCCGAGUACAAGCGGUGUUUUCCCGUUCCGGAGGACGACUCCAGACUCCAUACAGGUCUGACCGGGAUUUUCUCCGCUGUGGGUUUGGGGAAUGCCACAGGAAUCCCCAAACAGUCCAGCCCUGCUAAAGUGGCCAAGAAUCUUUUGUGCGAGCUGGAGGAACCGGGCGAGAACAUUCCCAUCUCCUGCCUCACUUCUUCUUCUCCUCAAGAGAGGAGACGAAGCCUGAGCUUGGACUCGGACAGCUCGGUUCAUGAAAUGUCUGUGAUCACGACCACGCCUCCUCCCCGUGCAGAAAAAGAAGCCCUGGUGUCCUCGUUUGAGGACGAAAAUGAAACAUCAGUCGUUUUAGACGUGGCGUCCGUCUCAGCUUCUUUGAAACAUCACGAAGACGAUCAUCACCUCCAUAUUGCCUCGAGCACUCUGCUCAAGUCGCCGCUGUUCCUCAAGCCUAAAAACGUUGUGGCUUUCAGAAGCUACUGCAGCUCCAUCAACCGCUCCAACCUGUCCUACGGCUCGCGCCUCAGCCUGGCCUCCAUGGAGGGCAUGGACGUCUCAACGUCCACCUCGUUCCAGACCGCACCUGUCGCCGUCACGCCUGCGCAGAAGAAGAGACGCAGCCUCAACAGCUCACUUUACCAGACCCCUCAGCCGAUGGCGCUGUCUCACACCCCUUAUCGAACACCCAAAAGUGUACGUAGAGGUCCAGAACCAGCGGAGAACGCCCCGAUCCUCGGGACCCCAGACUACCUGGCUCCAGAGCUGUUAGUAGGGAAGAAUCACGUUUCAGGAUCAGUUGCGUAUGACUUCAUGGUGGACUGGUGGGCGCUGGGCGUGUGUCUGUUCGAGUUCCUCACGGGAGUGCCUCCGUUCAACGACGAAACUCCUCAACUCGUCUUCCAGAACAUCCUCAAUCGAGAUAUCCCAUGGCCUGAUGAGGAAGAGGAGUUGUCCUCCAACGCGCGAGGUGCCAUAGAGAUUCUCCUCAGUACAGACGUCAGCAAACGGGCUGGGCUUAAAGAGUUGAAAGAGCACGCAUUCUUUGCCGGUUUGGACUGGGACAAUCUCCAGAACCAGGCCAUGCCUUUCAUUCCCGAGCCACACGACGAGACAGACACGUCCUACUUUGAGGCGAGAAACACUGCGCAACAUCUGGCUCUCUCUGGCUUCAGCCUUUAAAACUAAUACACAUGCAUGCACACUUGCACAUAAACACGUAUGCUCCAUGAUGGAGAUCAUUUCUUGACUAUGAAUGUAAGGACUCUGACUCUUCCUUCCUUUCCUCUUCAGGGAAACUUUGCUUACGUUUUAAGAUCACACACACACACUGUUAAUCUGAGUCGCAUUUCUACACAGACAUUUUUUCACAGACAUUUUUUCACAAUUAUUGAGAUUUGAAACAAAGCUGUUCGGUAAGUUUCUAUGAUCCCACGAAACCACAGAUCUCAGAUCAGAACUCUACUUCUAACGCAUUUUGUACAUUUAAAAAAAAUAAUAAUAAAAACCCUGUUAGCAUUAGUUAAUAUUAUUUGUUUGUGUGAGUAAUAUAUUGUUCCUGCUGCUAUACUAUGUGUAUACUCUUACUUGCUGAGGAUUUCAUAGAUCUGUUUUUAACCUACAAAACUGCAUCUUUUUCUUUUUGUUGUGCAUUAUUGUACCAUGCAAAAAACAGGCUUUUAUCACGUUUUAGUGUGUUUAUAAAUAUGGAUAAAAUUACAACAUGGUGUAGAAGCUCAAAUAAAAAUCCUUUAAUAUUGUCA